GAGCAAAAGAGGCUGCUGGAACUCGGGAUUACAGGGCCAGAAGGGCACGUCCUCAGCCGCCCCGAGGAGGUGGAAGCGGAGGCGGUGUACCGUGCAAUUACCAUCGCGAAACAAGCCAACUGCCCCUUGUACGUCACCAAAGUCAUGAGCAGAGGUGCAGCGGAUGUGUUAGCUCAAGCAAAGAGAAAAGGCACGGUUGUGUACGGAGAGCCCAUUACCGCCAGCCUGGGCACCGACGGGUCGCACUACUGGAGUAAAAACUGGGCCAAAGCUGCAGCCUUCGUCACGUCUCCCCCCAUCAGCCCGGACCCCACCACGCCGGAUCACCUCACCUCCCUCUUGUCCUGCGGGGACCUGCAGGUUGCGGGCAGCGCUCACUGCACCUUCACCACCGCGCAGAAGGCAGUGGGGAAGGACAACUUCACCCUCAUCCCCGAGGGAACCAACGGCAUCGAAGAGCGGAUGGCGAUAAUUUGGGAAAAGUGUGUGGUCUCCGGGAAGAUGGACGAGAACGAUUUUGUAGCAGUGACCAGUACCAAUGCUGCCAAGAUCUUCAACUGCUACCCCAGGAAGGGACGCAUCGCCGUGGGCGCUGACGCAGACCUGGUUUUGUGGAACCCCAAGGCUACAAAAAUAAUCUCGGCAAAAACCCACAAUCUGAACGUGGAGUACAACAUAUUUGAAGGGACAGAGUGCCACGGGGUUCCUACCGUGGUCAUAAGUCAAGGAAAAGUUGUUCUUGAAGAUGGAAACCUGUUUGUCACCCAGGGGUCAGGUCGCUUCAUUCCUAGAAAGACAUUCCCUGAUUUUGUUUAUAAAAGGAUAAAGGCAAGAAACAGG